ACGGUCUUCUUGAUGACAUGCCUUCGGCCCUGUUUAACUAGUCAAACGUUGCAUAGUUUUUCUAGCGCGAUAAUCCCUUCACUACGCCCUACGACUCCCUCCGUAACCCUGAGCGGGGCAAGAAUCGCAAAGAUGUCUACAUCUGCACCGACCACUCCUGCGCCGCGCAAGCCAAUGCCCUCCGCAUUGACGUUCGAUCUGCAUACGAAAUGCUCAACCACCAAAGCUCGUGCCAGUACUCUGCAUCUUCCUCAUGGCUCGGUUCCCCUCCCGAUCUUUAUGCCGGUUGCGACGCAGGCGUCCCUCAAGGGUUUGACGUAUGAUCAGCUCAAGCAGACCGGAUGCAUGCUAUGCUUGAAUAACACCUAUCACUUGGGGUUGAAACCUGGACAGGCGGUCUUGGACGAGGUGGGCGGUGCGCAUAAGUUGCAGGGCUGGGAUCGAAAUAUUCUCACCGAUAGUGGCGGUUUCCAAAUGGUUUCCUUGCUCAAACUUGCUACUGUCACGGAGGAAGGUGUUCGAUUCCUUAGUCCUCACGAUGGUACACCUAUGCUGCUCACUCCGGAACACUCUAUCUCCCUGCAGAACUCGAUAGGCUCGGAUAUUAUCAUGCAGCUCGAUGAUGUUAUCGCGACCACUUCGCCGGACCACGCGAGGAUUGAGGAGGCCAUGGAACGAUCGGUGCGGUGGUUGGAUCGGUGCAUCGACGCGCACAAGUACCCCGAGAGGCAAAACCUGUUCUGUAUCAUCCAGGGAGGAUUGGAUCUAGAAUUGCGGAGGAAAUGCUGCGCUGAGAUGGUGGCGCGAGAUACACCAGGCAUUGCCAUCGGAGGACUCUCCGGAGGUGAAGCUAAGGAGGAGUUCUGCAAAGUGUGCGUCACUAUUCCUCCUUCAACCACUCCCUCCUUCCAAAACCGGAUUCCGACUAACGUUCAUAGCGUCGACACUUGUACUGGGCUUCUUCCAGAUCAGAAACCGAGAUAUGUGAUGGGUGUCGUAAGCUACCCCGAGGACUUGAUUGUGGGAGUUGCACUCGGUGCAGACAUGUUCGACUGUGUUUGGCCCACGAGAACAGCUCGAUUUGGAAACGCGGUGGUCCCUUCCGGCACUCUCAACCUUCGCAAUCACACUUUUGCCCAAGACUUCAGGCCAGUGCAAGAAGGCUGCACUUGCACCAUCUGUCGACCCAGAGAUCAGGGUGGCCUAGGAAUUACACGGGCCUACAUACAUCAUCUAGCGGCCAAGGAAACGGUUGGCGCUCACCUCCUUACAAUUCAUAAUGUUCAUUAUCUACUUUCCCUGAUGGGCGCUGCGCGACAGGCUAUCUUGGAGGACCGCUUCCCGGCAUUCUUACGGGAGUUCUUCAGCAAGCUGUAUGGAGACAAAUCUAAGUACCCGGAAUGGGCGGUGGGGGCGCUACGGGGGGUCGGCGUUGAUUUGAUGGAAGACUAG